GUAUUAUUUAAAUUCUGUGAUAGUAUAUUAAACUUAAUUAUCGUUCGUACUUAAAUUUAUGUAAUAUAAUUAAUUUUAUAAAUAGAAAAAUAUUGUUUAAUUUUCUAGUCAUUUGCUCUUUUAUUUUAUUUAUUAUUUAAUUCAUAAUGACUGAUUAUGAGAAUCGUCGAUGGAGUCAUCUUAAAAAAAUUUUGGAACGGUCUAGUCCUUUUUGUCAUCCUGAUUUUGAACCGGGUACUGGAAUUCUAGACUUCCUUCAAAACUCUUGCAAGUUACUCGUUAUCGGCGCAGGUGGUUUAGGUUGUGAAUUACUUAAAGAUCUUGCUAUGAUGGGUUUUGGCGAUAUACACGUUAUUGAUAUGGAUACAAUAGACCUGUCCAAUUUAAAUCGCCAAUUUUUGUUUCGUAAGAAUGAUGUUAAUAGUUCUAAAGCUGAAGUUGCAGCAAGGUUUAUAAAUGAGAGAGUGCCUACUUGCAGUGUAACACCCCAUCAUUGCAAAAUACAAGAUAAAAAUGAAGAUUUUUAUAAGCAAUUUCAUUUGGUAGUUUGCGGCUUAGAUUCUGUUGUUGCUCGUAGAUGGAUAAAUGGAAUGUUAGUUUCCUUAUUAGCAUAUGAUGAAAAUCAACAGCUUGAUAACACUACUGUAAUACCAUUAAUUGAUGGAGGUACUGAAGGGUUCAAAGGCAAUGUACGUGUAAUUUUACCAGGAAUAACUCCUUGUAUAGACUGCACUUUGGAUUUAUUCCCACCUCAGGUUACUUAUCCGUUAUGUACAAUAGCAAGUACACCAAGACUUCCAGAACAUUGUAUUGAGUAUGUAAAACUAAUUCAAUGGCCUAAAGAAAAUCCAUUUGAUAGCAAUAUUGAUACUGAUGAUCCUGCUCAUAUAAGUUGGAUCUAUGAAAAGUCAUUGGAACGAUCUGAUCAAUUUGGUAUAAGUGGGGUAAAUUAUCGAUUGGUUCAAGGUGUAAUUAAAAAUAUUAUACCUGCAGUUGCAUCAACGAAUGCUGUAAUAGCUGCAGCUUGUGCCACAGAGGCUUUUAAAGUAGCUACAAGUUGUUGUUCUUUAUUAAAUAACUAUGCAGUGUUUAAUGAUGCUGAUGGUAUUUAUACAUACACUUAUGAAGCAGAACGUAAAACUGACUGCAUUACUUGCUGGCCUACAGCAUCAAAAUAUUUAGAUAUAGAAGAUACAAAUAUACGUCUAGAACGAGUAAUUGAAAUACUUCGUGAACAUUCAUUAUAUCAAAUGAGAGAUCCAGCUUUAACAAUAGAAAUUGAUAAUAAAAGGAAAACUCUGUAUAUGCCAAAUGUUCCUAGUAUAGAGAUGAAAACUAGACCUAACUUAAAAAUGACAUUAGAACAAUUAGGAAUAUCAGAUGGAAGUAAAUUAUUAGUUGCUGAUAUUACAAAUCCUAAAGCUUUUGAAAUUAAUCUUAGAAUAAAAAACAAUUGUAUAAGAAUGGAAUAGCGCCAUAUUAAAAUAUUACCACAAUUUUUUUUUUAUAACAUCAUAUUAAUUAUACAUUUAUCAUUAUUUUUACACACAAACACACACAUACAUGUAUAUAUAUAUAUUAAAUCUAAAUAUUUCUGAACAUAAUUUAAAAAAUAUAUUUUUUUUCCGUCACACAAUUUUAGUAAAAAUUGAUUAAGAGUCAAAAAUUAACAAAAUACAAUAAAUUCCUUAUAUAUUUUCUUUUGUUUUAAUAAUCUCAUACAAAAAUGUGUAUAUUGAUUCAGCAUUGUCGCUAGGUUUUGCAAAGCCCUAACAAAUCUAUCAACUCCAAGAUGGAAUAGAACCUCUAUUCUUUUAUAUUUUACAGAGGCGAUAGGGAGUAUAGACUUAUUAUGUACACAUUGACAACUCAACAUGUAAAUAAGAGUUUAAUGUAUCUUUCGAAAAAUUUUAAAUUCAUAUUUUCGAUAUUAAGUAAAGUUUAUUGUAUUGAAUA